CUUCACCCCACCAUUGUCGCUACCCAGCCUACUUACCUCACCAUGACGCUUCUUUCCAGGGCGAUUGGGAGACCCAACAUAGCUCUGCGAAAUGCUCGACCUCACGCGACACUGGGAAGGCGCCAUCUGACCAACAAUGGCUUCUUCCGCGUCUCAGAGGAAGUGCGCGAAGCUCUGAACUCGAAGAAGCCUGUCGUCGCGCUUGAGACGACCAUAUACACACAUGGCUUUCCUUACCCCGAGAAUGUGGCCCUUGCAUCCCUCCUCGAGAGCGUAGUGCGAACUAACGGUGGAGUCCCCGCUACGAUUGGAAUCAUAGACGGUGUAGCACGAGUAGGGUUGGACCCUGAGGAACUCAUAAGGCUCACUGCGUCGGCUGGAAAUGCAAACACAUUGAAGCUUUCAAGACGGGAUCUGAGUUACGUGUGUGGUCUGCGACUGGCUGGCAAAAAGUUUACUGGUGGGACUACGAUAGCGAGUACCAUGUUGCUCGCCGAGUUGGCUGGUAUAAAGAUAUUUGGUACUGGUGGUCUUGGUGGUGUCCAUCGCGGUGCUGAGUCUAGCAUGGAUAUCUCCGCUGAUUUGACCGAGCUGGGCAGAACACCAGUUGCAGUCAUCUCAAGUGGUUGCAAGAGCUUCCUUGACAUCCCCAGAACCCUCGAAUAUCUGGAGACCGAGGGUGUGAGUGUCGGUACAUUUGCGGAUGGGCGCACAGGGAGUGUAGACUUCCCGGCCUUCUGGUCGAGAGACAGUGGAGUGAAGAGCCCGACUACAAUCGCGGAUGAAAUUGAAGCUGCUGCAAUAAUACACGCGCAGCACGCUCUCAAAAUCUCAUCCGGCCUUCUCUUCGCAAACCCCGUACCCGCAGACUUUGCCAUUCCAAAGGACGAGAUGGAGGUUGUCAUCGAGGAAGCCCUACGACAAGCCAACGCUUCAGGUGCAUCGGGCAAAGACAAUACGCCUUUUGUCCUAAAUAAGAUUAAGGAGUUAACCAAGGCAAAAUCCAUCACUGCCAACAGAGCCCUUAUAGAGUCGAACGUCAAGCGAGCUGCCAUUGUAGCCCGAGAGCUUGCCAUCUUGGAUGCAAAGCAAGAAGGACGGGGCUCAUAUUACUUCACUCCUGUUCAGUCUAGUCCUGCGGCUACUGCGGAGGGACUAAUGAGUAAUUCAUCUUUAUCGACGUUCGAUCUUUCAUCUACGGCUUCCACCACUGCUUCUUCCAUCUCUGAGGCUCCACCAGAUGUUGAGAUCCUUGUGGCAGGUGCUCUUGCGGUUGAUUUCUCCUGUGAUUACGCUCCAUUCUCCACAUCCUCUAGCCAAACAGAUCCAUUGCCGCAUACUUCGAAUCCAGCAAUCAUCAACCAGACCCUGGGCGGUGUAGCUCACAACAUUGCCAAAGCUGCCCAUUUUCUCGGAUCUACCGUCCGUCUUCACAGCGCGGUCGGUGAUGAUCUUAGCGGCCGCGCAGCGUUUGGCCAACUACAAGACGAGGGCAUGUCGACAUCUGGCAUUGAGACACUCCCCAAGCCAGCACGAACAGCGCAGUAUGUUGCAGUCAACAACGCAAGCAAAGAUCUUGCGCUCGCAAUGGCAGACAUGUCGAUCUUGGAAACUAUACCUAAAGAAGCAACCGGGAAACUCGCGACUACACUUUUCAGUAAUUCCUCAACCCGUCCGAAGGUCUUUGUAGCAGACGCAAAUUGGUCAUCCGAAGCCCUGCACACCUAUCUUCAAGCCGCACGACAUCCCUCUACAACAACCAUCUUUGAGCCGGUUUCCACCGCAAAAGCACUUCGUAUCUUCCCGCCCAAGUCCACCACAAACGAAACACAGGUGUUCCCCAACCACCUAGUUGACAUCAUAACACCAAACACCUACGAGCUCAUCGCCCUCCACAGCUUUGCUCAUGCAUCUUCGCUAUUCGAAAGCCCCGCCUGGUUCUCCGUAAUCGACGCACUCGGUAUUCCUUCAACUGGUCUCCGCGUUCCCCUGACCUACAUGACAACAUCUGAGAUCGUGGACCAGGGAAUCCCGCAACAGGCCAUAAAGUUACUUCCUUUCUUCCCGACUGUACUGGCCAAACUCGGUUCGCAGGGCGUUCUGCUGGUCAAACUACUCACUACUGAUGCUCCAGAGCUGCAUGCCGAUGCCGAGAGACAGUACGUUCUCGCUAGGAGUGGAAAUGGGGAUGAGAAGAUCGGGGGGCUUUAUGUACGCUUAUUCCCACCAGAGAGAGUUCUAUCGCCCGAAGAGGUGGUCAGUGUAAAUGGCAUAGGCGAUACAUUCUGUGGGGCCUUGGCUGUCGGAAUAGCAAGCGGCGUAAAGGUACAGCACGUUGUCGAUUUUGCUCAAAAGGCUGCAGCAUUGAGUUUGAGGAGUAGGGAGAGCGUGAGUCCAGAAUUGAGGGGAUUGAGUGACGAUGUCGCACAGCUCAACAAGUAAUACAAAUAGCUAUCCUAGGCUUCUUUCCAUGAUGCAAACGUCGAUGUGGUGUGUAAUAGCACUCAACAUUGCUCGUUGGGGCUCAUUAGUUGAGUUAAUAUGUCUGAUGAGAACGUGGCAGAGUCGUAGCAAUAUUAUCAGG